AUGCUGUCCUUCCUUGUCAAACUCGUCGCCCUCUCGAGCCUCGCCGCGCUGGCCGCCGCGACGCACGAGCCCCGCUUCGCCAAGCUCCGCCGCAACCCCGGCAUCCACGUUCCCUCGCCGACCCUCGCCACCCUCGCCCUCGCACCGAGUGCAGCGCCCGAGGCGCCGCUCAGCAGCAACGUCGCCGCCGCAUCGGCGCCGCUCGCCGAGGCGACCUCGUCACCCGUCCUCGCCGACAGCACCUCGCUCGCCUACCUGCCGUCCUCGAUCGAGUCGGUCGCCGCCGCCACUACGUCGCCGAGCUCGACUGCGACGGCUACCGCACCGCCGUCGAUCGACGUGACGGUUCUCCAGCUCGCCUUCGUUCUCGAGAACCUCGAGGCGACGUUCUACCAGCAGGCGCUCGAGCGCUUCAGCUUCCAGGUCAUGGUCGACGCCGGCCUCUCGCAGAUCCAGUCCGCCAUCAUCAUCGAGCAGGUGACGCAGAUCCUCGUCGACGAAAACCGGCAUGUCGCUGUACUCGCCGACACGAUCAUCGCCCUCGGCGCCGAGCCGUUCUCGAGCUGCGGGUUCAACUUCGACCAGGCGCUUUCGGACCCGGUCUCGUUCCUCCAGACGGCGCGCGUCCUCGAGGCGGUCGGUGUCAGCGCGUACCUGGGUGCGGCCCACCUCCUCACCGACCCGUCGCGCCUUCUCGCGGCGUCAAGCAUCGUCACGCUCGAGGCCCGGCACCAGUCGCUCCUCAACGUCCUCAACGGCGGCUCGUUCGGUCCCCAGCAGUCGUUCGACCUGCCCUUGACGCCGCAGGGCGUGCUCGCCAUCGCCGGCGGGUUCCUCGUCGGGUGCGACGCGAGCGAGCUCGGCCUGACCGCCAACGCGGCCCUCACCGUCAUCGACGAGGCGACGGCCGUCGCGCGCUUCGUGCCCGGCUCCAAGCUCGCCCUGUCGGUCGUCAACGUCGAGGUCGACCUGUCCGGCCUCACGUGCCAGCUCCUCCUCGGCGGCCAAGCUGUGGCGCUCACGUUUGCGGCGGCCGACUGCUACAUCCCGGCGGGCGUCGAUGGUCCUGUCGCCGUCUACCUCACCAACACGUCGACGCCGCUCGCGACCAACGUCGUGAUCCAGGCGCAGCAGACGAUCGUGGCGGGCCCAGGGUUCAUCUUUGUCGACGCCGAGGUCACGGUCCUCGCCUCGGUCCUGUCGCCGUUCGCGAGCGCCAACGACGACCUCGGGCACCAGGGCUCGUCGGUCGCGGCAGCAGUCGCCGUCGAGGUCGCUGUCGGCGUCCACUCGUCGUCGUCGUCGUGGUCGUCGUCGUCGCCCUCGCUCUCGGACGUGGCGCCCGUCGACGGCGCUCCUGCCGCCGAAUCGGCCUCGUCGACGUCGACCGCGCCCCAGGACUCGGCGCUCUCGCCGUACCGUCUCGACCGUCGUCGUGUCGGUGCGCUGCCGACGAUCCAGGAGUCGCUCGGCAAGCGGCGGCUGUCGUCGUGA